AUGGGAUGUACAUGUUGUGCCGUCGCGGAGGAGUUUAAAGACCCCAGAGCAAUAAUUUACAACGGCUUCGAUGAGAGCAGUGUGUCUAUAGCAUUCAUUCUUGACAACCAGUUUGGCGCCACCACAUUUACUGGGCGGGUCCGAAUCUAUGCGUUUACAGGACACUUUUUGAGCACAUCCAUCUCGUGGGACUGCAUUGUGGGAGGAGGCAGCGACUACAUGAAAUAUCGCGGCACCAUCUCUGAAGAGAAGAUCACCGGCACUUUCGAAUAUUCCGUUAAUGGCUUUGGCGGAGGUGGCGGCUUCAGACUUCAGGCAAAGGAUGCCAGAAGAACCUUGCAAGGUGUAGCGGAAGAGAACUUGUCCAGGGCACUUAGCAUCAAGAAGGCUCCAGAAAGCUCGGAAGCAGCUGUGGAAGAUUUCAGUUGA